AUGGCACUCCGACCGGGCACGGCGCUGCUACUCAUCACGCUGGGGUACUUGCUCAAGUUACUGACAGCAGAAACUCAGUGUGAAAAUAUUUAUCAAGAUUUCUCUGGCUGUAUCUUAAAAUUAGGAGAAAACAUGGCUAGAUAUGAAGAAGAAGCUGAAGAAGACGAAGUGAACCAGAGUCUGCUGCAAGGAUUGCAGGUUGUUUGUGGAUAUUGGAAUGAAUUUCAUAAUUGUGCGAUGGCUACUCUUUGGGUGUGCCAGAAGGAGAUGGUGACUGUCUGGGAAAAGUUGAAAAAAGAAUCUAGAAAAAUCAAAUUUGAAGGCAAUCUUUUUGACCUCUGCAUCUCCAGUAACUACCAGAACUUACACUCAUUCCAGAUCCCAACCCUUUGUUUAGUAGGCAUCACUCUGAUGCUCAUUUGGCUCAAUUUAUGAAGGCAACAGCUCUGUGAUCUUGUACAAAUGAACAUAUGCUUCUUUUCCUUAAUAUUUAGAAAAUAUUUUGUGGUGGGUUUUUUUUUCUUUUUUUAGUGAAUUUUUGAUUGUGAUAACAGAAUUUCCUAAUAUUUAAUUUUUCCAGUUAAAUCAAUCGUAAAUAUGGCAAGUGUUCCAAUUGAAUUUUGACUAUCAAAAGUCCUUAAGGUUCUCAAAAUUAAAUUACUAAAAUACAGCUUGCAUAGGAAACUGGCACAAGUGGAAUGGUGUCACUAGAUUUUGUAUCUUGGCCUGCUAAUCAGGGUUUGCUUUGGUAAGCCUUUCAUUCCAACUGUUGUUCUGAUUUCUAUAUUUAAAGAACUUUUUAGCAACUUUCUUUUUGUAUAUAAGCGUAACUACAGUAAUUAAUAUAUUUGUAGUUUUAUGAAAGAAAAUGUUGGGGAACUCAAGAGGGUAGCAUGAAGUUUUAAAAUAACUGGAUUCUCUCAGUAGAACAUGCUGGUUUCAUUACCUACCUGAAAUGAGCUCCCCCAAAUGUCCAGAGCAAGAUUACAGACUGAUGAUUGACUUGUUAUAGAGGUAUUUGAAAGAAUGAUUACUUAUGCAAGAGAUUUACAUUAUGUUGGUAUAUGACUUCAGAACUAAAGAAAGACCAAAACCCUGAGGUAGCUUAAGGCAGAACAUCUGAAACCCAUGCAAGGAAUAAUGCUGUGAUACCCCUUUUUCUC